AUGGCUCGCAACAGCGAAAAGGCGCAGUCCAUGCUGUUCCGCUUCCGGGCGCAACAAGCAGCGGACAUGGGAAUUAUCGACCUCGGACGUACACGACGACCCAAAGCCAUCAACAGCGUCGACUCGGUCCAGACAUGCGAGCGCUGGCGCGGCCAGGUUCUCAAAGAAAUCUCCCGCAAAGUGUCACGCAUCCAAGAACUCAACCUGAGCGACUACCAGAUUCGCGAUCUGAACGACGAGAUCAAUAAGCUCAUGCGCGAGAAAUGGGCGUGGGAAAUGCAAAUCCGAAAUCUCGGUGGUCCGAACUACAUGCGUGGAACUGGUCGGGUCUACGACGAUGAAGGCCGUGAAAUUCCUGGUGGAGGAAAGGGUUAUAGAUAUUUCGGUCGGGCGAGAGAGUUACCUGGCGUCAAGGAGAUGUUUGAGGCCGCGGCGCGCAAGGCGAGAGGGCCCCUUGAGGAGCAGGAGGGUGCUGGGGCUGGUAGGGGUGGAGAGAUCGUGACGAGGAAAGUCGAUGCCAACUACUUUGGAUACGGCCUCGAUGAGGAGGAUGGAUCAAUCUUGGCCUAUGAAAAGUCCAAAGAGAAAGAGGCUGUUGAGCAUUUGCGGGGUCAGACCGAAGAUGACGCCGAGGAUGGCUGGGAGUCGUUACCGGGUGAUGCGGGUGACGGCGUGGAAUGGCGGCUUCCCACACUAGAGGAGGUGCAAGAAGAGCUCGUGGAUCGACGACGCAGACGUCUGUUAGACAAGAUCUCUUAG